ACAUUGUUGAUCGUUUGGAGACCGCAAUAUUUUGAACCGCCCAAUUUUAAACAAAUAAUAUAAAGUUUUGUGAACAUUUGGUUAACCAGCCAUCAAAAUCAGACCACAAAGAAAAUAUUUGUUUACCGAUUGCUAUAUCGUUUUAUAUUAACAAAAACAACUUCGGAGCCUCCUGGAGAUACCAGCAAGUGAAAACGACAAUUUCAAACCUCGUAGAAUGAAUCCCAUUUAGAGAAAGUCAGAGCACCGAAGCAUUCCACCAAUAUUAAUUUAGCAUCGAAGCGAAUUGAGUACUGUUCCAUCCUCUGUAUUCUAACAUCCUUGUUUAGCAUCAAUAUGUCGCAAUGCGAAGAUUGGAAGAAAUUGCCGCUGCGCUAUCCUGGCCUUAUAGUCUCCGGUACCAGCGCCAGAGGAACUGUGAAAAUCAAGGGCAAAUGGUACCGCUUGAGGAUACUUUGUCCACAGUUUCCUCAACUUCAGAAUGCGCGUUUGGAGUUGCAUCAGCCGCAUCAAAAUAAAUUCGUUAGAUUAUCAAAUGAAGAUUUACAACCUGAUUGGACUUUGCACGAUGUUAUGGACAAUUUACAACAACUGCUACAAAAGCACAGCGAGCUGCCACUCAACGACCACUGGAAUAACGAAACGCCAACCGGGAAUAUCUACCAAGAAAUAGCUAGCAUUUAUGCGCCUGAGAAAUAUCACUUGCAAUUGAACGAUGCCUGCAGUCGUGUACGAUUUUCCAAAUUCGCGCUUAACGAAAAACAUUACCUCCAAGUGGAAUUACCAACUCUACGCGUUAGUGAACACAGCUUACCCGAUUGCUUUGUAUGGGAAGAACAGCUCCAGAAGUAUAAUAAACUCGCGGCAAUGGUGCAGCAAUUUCAAAAGUAUUUGGAAGAUUUACAACAGUUUUACGAUAACUUCACCGACAUCGACGAGUUGUGCUAUGUAGUGCAGCCAACAGCGCCAAUAUCCACCAAACACAAUUGGCGCUUGUUUGUUUUGCGCGAACGCGUAUACAUCAAAUUGGUCAUAACAGAUCCAUUUGCACCGAUAGCCUCAAUGUCAUUGCGGAUCAUAGGGCCGACGCAGGCGGUAGAAGAAUUGAGACGUACGCUAAGCGACGGUUUACGUGAUUGGGAUGCUGAAUUGGACAUACACAAAAAUUUGUUGCGCAUCUUUGAUUUAUGCUACUUUCCCAUGCCGCCGGGUAGCGGCUGGAUAGGUUCGGGGGAUGAGCCCAUCGCCACAGAUCAACAAUUCUGCAAUAUUUGCUACGCUUACCAUUUGGAUCAGGGUGAAAUACCAAUAGUGUCCUGUGAUAACCCACAAUGUACGCUGAUAUAUCAUGCAUCUUGUCUGAAAGAAUGGUUCAAUACGCUUACGGACGGUAGGGACUUCCUGAGUGUCUCCUUUGGCGCGUGCCCAUUUUGUAAAACUAAACUUUCAACAUCAUUCGCUGAGUUAUUGGAAAAUUGAUUUUUAAUCAUUUUCGAAAAAACUUACUACACAAAAAGUUAAUUACAUGCGUGUAAUUCGCAUAUGUUUUUGCACAUCAAUUCAACAAGUAUUGUAUUUGUAUAUAAACUAACCUAAAUAUUAAGCCCGAAAUUAAUGGGAACAUUCAGGCGAUAUUUAUUCAAGUAUGUUUUAAUAUUAAGAUCGAUAAAAAUAAUUCGAAUACGUUUCAAACCGAUAUUUUUAUUUAAUUUUUUUUUUUCGCUUACUUUUUAUUUCAGCGAGUUCUCUAGUCUGCGUUUCCAAAAUUGUGUAACUCGACGCAUGCAAGCAUACAAAAAUACAGUCGGUAUCUUGCACUACAGUAUGAAAGUGGCAAAAAUUUAAAUUCAGUCACUGUCCUGGGAAUAAUUUCAGCUUAUUGGGCGCAUUUUCCAAUAUCAGUUUAAAGCCCUCUGCACAUUAUGCGCCCAAUCAUAGUAAUGCCAUAAUUUCGUCAUGCUGAAACGCACACUGGCGCGUCAUGCAUAAGUCAAAUAAAAAAUUUGUUUGCAUUUUGCUUUUUAACUU